GUGAUCGGCCCGGGUGAUUUCAAUACGUCCAACCUAGAGGUGUCCGUGAAAGCAGGAGUCAACCCGAACGAUGCCCUCAAAUUGCCAGGAUGGCUACCGAAAGAUUUCUCGAUACCCUACGCCAAUGUCACGUACAACGGUCGUUUUAUGGUAGUGCUACCUUGUGUAUCGCCAGUGUUCGAGUUUGUUUUUUGUUUGUUUCCAAAGUAAAUUUGUGCAUUUCCUAAAUGAUAAAUGACCAAACGACCAUCGACCCCAGCAUUCCUUCAGUCUUCAUAAUCCGACAAGAGACAGAUUCCAUGCAGCGAUACUUUGUGUCAAUGGGCGGGUUUUAUUGGAACGGACGGCGUAUCAGGUUUUCUUUCCCACAGUUCCUUGUCCGUUGUUCCCACCCAUGUGUUCUUUUCGUGUCUUCACCGAUUGUUUGUUUCGCGACUGUUGUUUUUGUUUGUUUGUUUGCUGUUGUUGUUGGUUUUUUUUUGUUGGUUUUUUUUUUUGUGGGGGGGUAGGGGGGUUUCCCCCCCCCCCCAAUUUUUUCCAGGCGUGAAUGUGAAAGAGUGGCUGGCGUAAGAACCUUGUGUGAACGAAAAGCAGGCGUGUUUUGUAGAAUAAGGAACGGGCAGAACGACCCAGGGGAGUGAAAGGAUUGAGAGCGUCAUCCAGUGGUCUAUUAAGUACCAGAAAUGCACCAAUCGCACCCCGUUGAUGCGAGGUUGGGAAACCCUGCCUUGACCCAUUGUGUGUGGGUUGUUUUUUUUGUUGUUGUUUUUUUUAUCCACUACUUCUGUCUUGUUUAAGUUUCCGCGGACUCACGUUUGAGCUGCUGAUUUUCUUCCGCUGUGCGUCAAAUGUUCCCGCGUUCUCAGAUCCCGCCUGCGUGCUGCAAGGAUAAAGUCUUCAUGUCGAACGAUGUGAAAGAAAGGUUUUACAACGUUGUCUACUGUGCGGAGACGGCCAACAAGACGCUCUUGAACACAGAUGUAAGUCUUUCCAUUUCAUUGGAAUAGUGAAUAGUGUUCAGGUAAUCAGGUUGUCAACUUCAGGUAAACUAUAAUAUUCUGUUUCAUAUCAUACCCAGGGAGAUCAUAAUAAAAUCAUUUUUACUCUCGGGUAAGCCAUUUCAAUUUUACCAUCAGGUAGACCAUUUCAGUUUUACCAUCUGUUACGUACUGUUAUCAGUAUGGAGAAAUUAAUAUCUGAUUUAGUUAAAUUUAUGGCUCGUUCUAAAACAGUACACAACAAAAAAACGAUACCAUAUAUUAAAAACAAUAACAAAGAAUACGAUACUCAAACCAGGGCUAAUUACAAUUAAUAAGUUUUAUUUGACUUACAGUAUAAUGAUUGGCUUGUACCGGUACAGUGUCGAAGAAGAUACAAUAUUGUAAAAAUGUACAAUGAUGAAAAGGAAUCUACACGCACACAGUAAACAAACCUCUCUAGCAAAAAUAGAACACGUUCAAAAUAACUCCCGUCAUUCGUCUCGUCCGUCGUUCAAUCCCUCGACUUUAUAUAGCCUGUUUCUUUAGAUAAUUCUAGAAGGCUACGCAAUGUACUCGCUUCCCGCUCAUUCUACAAUAUUCUACAAAAUUCGAAUCAUGAAACAGACAAAAAGAUAUUAUUUAAUUGUAGCCGAGGUCAAAGGGAGACUUUAACUAGUAAAUCACGCCCUACUAAGAACGCAGCCGAAGUUGGGGUCAGCUUAAGUUCAUUCACCAGAAAAGAUGAAUGAAAUUAAAUGGGGCGCCAUUACAUCAUCAGGUAAACCAUUUCAGUUUUACCAUCAGGUAGGGCAUUUCAACUUUACCAUCAGGUAGGCCAUUUCAGUUUUAUAAUCAAGUAGGCAAUUUCAAAUUUACCACAUGUGAGGCCAUUUCAAUGUUAUUAUGAGAAAGGCCAUUUCAAUUAUACCCUCAGGGAGAUCAUUUCAAUUUUACCCUCAGGGAGAUCAUUUCAAUUUUACCCUCAGGGAGAUCAUUUCAAUUAUACCCUCAGGGAGAUCAUUUCAAUUUUACCCUCAGGGAGAUCAUUUCAAUUUUACCCUCAGGGAGAUCAUUUCAAUUUUACCCUCAGGGAGAUCAUUUCAAUUUUACCCUCAGGGAGAUCAUUUCAAUUUUACCCUCCGAUAUAAAAUAAUUGUAAUUCCAAUCUGCAACUGGUAAUUCCGAGGUCUUGUCCAUUACCAUCGUACACUAUUACGUCACAACAAUGAGACACUUGGCUUGUAUGCCAAUACCCUAUGGCAGGUGACCUCGAUAUUCACCCCAAGAAGCCCAGGGCUGAUGUUGAUACAUGGUGUCACAGUGUCCGGUCACUUUUGUUAUACAGUGUAUCUUUUCUUUUUUUUUUUAGAACUCGGAAACUUGCGUCAUUGACUCAAUGACGUAAAUAAACCAUCUCUAUCCCCAGGGUUGCUACAAAUUCUUUUUCCGCACCUACGUUGAACCCUGGACAAGUAACAUGUUUGUACCAUUUCUUGGCGUAGGGGUGAGUUGAUCUCGACAUUUUAUGGAGUAGUGGUAAGUUUAUCUCGACAUUUCCUGGAGUUGGGGUGAGUUGAUCUCGACAUUUCCCGGAGUUGGGGUGAGUAGAUCUCGACAUUUCCUGGUGUUGGGGUGAGUUGAUCUCGACAUUUCCCAGAGUUGAGGUGAGUUGAUCUUGACAUUUCCCGGAGAUGGGGUGAGUUGAUCUCACAUUUACCGGAGUAGGGGUCAGUUGAUCUCGACAUUUCCCGGAGUUGGGGUGAUUUGAUCUCGACAUUUCUCGGAGUGAGGCGUGAGUUUAUCUCGACAUUUCCAUGGAAUUUGGGUGUUUUGAUCUCCACAUUUCUCGGAGGGAGGCGUGAGUUGAUCUUGACAUUUCCCGGAGUAGAGGUUAGUUGAUUUCCACAUUAAUCCAAAGAAUUAAGGAUGAUCAGAUUCUUGAGUUUAGAAACUGGGAUGCUCUGAUCUCAAGAUUGUAGACAGUGCUUGUGUCUGACUUUGUCCAUGAGUUCUACACUGUGUAUGUAUCACUCCAUGCGUUCUAGACUGUGUAUGUAAUACCCUUUGGAGAUUAAGACUGUUGCAUUAUCUGUUCAGGAUUCUUAGACUUUUGUGUAUUUUGCACGAGUUUCUGAUUUUACGUUUAUUAUCCAAAGAUAUGAGAAUGUGUUUUGCAUUUAAUCAUAUCUAAAAUGAUGACGAUACUUGAUUAAUUAACAAUUUAAAAAAUAUGUAUGACACUUAAUCAAGUGACAGUAAGUAGUAAAAUCCAAUGAAUCCUCUAAGAACGAAACUGCAGAUAUCACAUAAACAUGUUGUUCGGCAGUGUAUGUUUCACCGUACGGCUUAUCAUUAUCUGAUGACUCUGUUCACACCGCGUUGUUGUUCCACAGUGCCUGUUCACUGUCCUGUCGGGUCUGAUCCCACACAUGCCAAAGGGAGACCGCAACAACCUGCUGGACAAAAGCCACCCGCACGUCAAGAAGUUCCUCAAAAGUUAAAGACGAGAACUUGAGCCGACUGGAGAGAGGGAGAUGAGACCGAAAGAGAAGGAGAUGGGGCCGAGAGAGGGAGGUGAGACGAAUCGAUAGAGACGGGAUCGAGAAAGGAAAGGAGGCCGAGGGAUAGAGAUGAGCGCGAAGAAAAAGAGAUGGAUCCAAUAGAAGAAGAUGAGACCAAGAGAGGAUAACAUUAUAAAGGAGAUCGGACCAAGAGAAGGAGUUGAUAUCUAGAGCUAUUCAACACAGGGUAUGGUGGAGGUGACUUAUUUACUCGGUCAGCAAUAAUGAAAUGUUCAAUGCCACCCCUAUCCCCUGUCUCUGGUUCUUUUAUUGGGUCGCACCAACACCUGAUUUUUUCCCCGAUCAGACUUUGCCUGUUUCUGAAGUCAGGCCUGAUGGUUGUGGGGCAAAGUCAUUUCCUUGAUCUGUGCGUGGGCGUGUGGGUGGGUGAGUAUGAAAUCUUGCGUGCGCGAGCUUUAGUUUGUACAUGUACGCGAUUGCGUAUUAGUGUGGGUAUUCACGUGUUUGAGUAAUAAGAUAAGAUAAGA